GUUCCGACCCGCGGUACGAGUAAGUAACGAGGAUAAAAGUAUUAAUUUUUAAAAGUGGUGCUACCGUGUAGGACCCCAAGCUUAGUGUUGUGACUAAACAAUCAUGAUAAUCCUAUUGAUCUGGGUGACGGUGCUGGUCGCCGCCGUGGUGCUGUACUUCAGACAGCUCUACUCCUCAUUCAAUCGCCAUGGCAUCAAGCACAUUAAGCCAGUACCUAUCUUCGGCAACAUGGGCGGCAUUCUGUUACGCAUUGACCAUAUUUGUGAUAAUAUUGUGAAGCUGUACAAUGACUUCCCUGAGGAGAGGUUCGUCGGUAGAUACGAGUUUGUGAGUGAGCUGAUCCUGGUCCGUGACAUCGAGCUCAUCAAGAAGAUUGCCGUCAAAGACUUCGAACACUUCCUCGACCAUCGCUCUCUAUUCAGCAACAGUGAAUCCUAUUUCUCCAGGAACCUGUUCUCUUUGAGAGGUCAAGAAUGGAAGGACAUGCGGUCUACUUUGAGUCCAGCGUUCACCAGCUCAAAGAUGCGUUUGAUGGUGCCUUUCAUGGUAGAAGUCGGAGAACAGAUGAUGCAGUCACUCCAUCAAAGUAUAAAACAAUCCAAAGAUGGCUCCAUAGACAUAGAAUGCAAGGACCUGACAACCCGCUAUGCUAACGAUGUGAUUGCGUCCUGUGCCUUCGGUCUGAAGGUGGACUCGCACAAUGACAAGAACAACACUUUCUAUGCGCUGGGCAAGGAGACCUCCUCGUUCAAUUUUCGACAGAUGAUGACCUUCUUCUUGCUGAUUAAUGCACCAGCUUUAGCCAAGUUAUUAAAGUUGGAUUUCCUCUCGGAGUCAUCAAAGGAGGCGUUCAAGAAGCUGGUACUUGGUACAAUGGAAAACCGAGAGUUAAAGAAGAUCAUCAGACCCGACAUGAUUCAUUUGUUGAUGGAAGCUAAGAAAGGCAAACUGACUCAUGAUGAAAUCAAAUCCAAUGAUUUAGCAGCUGGAUUUGCGACUGUAGAAGAAUCAGCUGUCGGACAGAAAGAAAUUAAUAGAGUAUGGACUGACGAGGACCUCGUAGCACAAGCAGUACUGUUCUUCAUAGCCGGUUUUGAGACCGUAUCAUCAGGAAUGUCCUUCCUUCUCUACGAGCUGGCUAUGAACCCUGAUGUUCAGGAUAGGUUGGCGCAGGAAAUCAAGGAGAAUGAUGCUAAGAACGGCGGCAAGUUCGACUUCAACUCCAUACAGAACAUGGUCUAUAUGGAUAUGGUUGUGUCAGAGCUUCUUCGACUUUGGCCUCCUGGCGUAGCCCUUGACAGACUUUGCACUAAGGACUACAAUAUGGGCAAACCUAACGCUAAAGCAGAGAAAGAUUUCAUUCUCCGCAAAGGUAGUGGAAUCUGGAUUCCAGUUUACCCAAUCCACCGAGACCCUCAACACUUUCCCAACCCUGACAAGUUCGACCCAGAGCGCUUCUCGGAAGAAAAUAAACACACGAUUAAUCCUGCCGCGUAUAUGCCCUUCGGUGUCGGACCUAGGAAUUGCAUUGGGUCCAGAUUUGCGCUUUGUGAAAUAAAAGUAAUGGCGUACCAGAUCUUACGAGAGAUGGAGGUGUCUCCUUGCGCAAAGACCUGCAUACCAGCCAAGUUGUGUAAGAACACCUUCAACCUGAGGCUCGAAGGAGGACAUUGGUUAAAAUUCAAACCGAGGACGAAUUAAGGAUUUUCGACUUUAUUACAAAGAGAUUUUGUCUACCUGUAGACAGUGCUGUAGGCACUAUAAUGAUCAAAGAUAUUUUUGUUAGUGACACUACUUAAUAAGGUUUUAUUGUGUAUCUAAAAGAGAGUAGAAAAUCUAUUUGUCAAUUUGGCGUAAUAUAAAGUUGUCCACUAAUGAUACUGUAAGCAUUUUGUACCUUUAAAAGUUUUAAUAGUCUGGUAUAUUUAAGUAUUGGUUUGCUAACGACUGAUGUGUACAAUAAUAAUUUUGUUUUACACCAAAGGUGUUAACACGUUAAACGCCAUUGGGGUUAGCGGCGACCGACAUUAGAUGAGGGGUUCUAGGUGACCAACAACGUGAGCGGAGGGAUAGCCUUCAAUAGUUUUCUAUUGGCAGUCAAAGCUUUAAUAUGAUAUUGAUGAUGAUGUGAUUUAAUUAAUACAAUUUGAAAAACAUUGUUUAGAAGUGAGUUGCAACUGGAUAUAAUUUUACGGUGCACCCGAUUAUGGGGCAAUUGAACAGUUGCCUACAUAUAAUGAUAUUUUGUAUAGUUGUAACUAAGAUUAUUUUAUUGUGAUAUACGAUAGGCUAAGGUUAUUUCAUUACAAAAGUACGUAAGUAAAAUAAAUUAACACAAUAUCAUCUGUUGUUUC